GAUUUCUGAACCUUUUCAUACAACCAUCUAAGUAGAGAGAUGAGAAGUGCUCAAGCAAAGCACUUUUCUUCUCUCUAGUACCUAAAAAACAUUGAAAUCCUAAUAGCUUUACAUUUUGUCGAGGAUCCUGUUUCAGUGUCAGAUGUUAAUGGUAACCGAAUUCCUCUUACAGGAGAGGAAUGGAGGCCGAUCCGUCAAGGAUAAACCGUGACGGAAAAUCUGAGCUCUUAAAAUCAAUGUAAACCUUAAUCCAUAUAAGAAAAACGGAGAAAAUGGGUGAUUCCCAGCCGUCCGGGUCGGCGUAUUCACCUUACAGACUGCAACAUACUCUGACCGGCCAUGGGGACGCCGUCUCAUCGGUUGAAUUUUCGAAAGACGGGCUGCUGGUGGGCAGCGGGUCUGUGGACAAGAGCAUCCGCCUGUGGUCGUCCUCGACGGGCACCUUUGAGCGCUCCCUCCACGGCCACACCGAGGGCAUCUCAGACGUGGCCUGGUCUUCUGACUCGCGCUACAUUUGUUCUGCCUCUGAUGAUAAAACCCUCAAGAUUUGGGACGUCCACACUGGUGACUGCGUUAAAACCCUAAAGGGCCACUCUAACUUCGUUUUCACUGUCAAUUUUAAUGACCAUUCUAACCUCAUCGUCUCUGGCGGUUUCGAUGAGACCGUCAGGAUAUGGGACGUCAAGACCGGGAAAUGCCUUCGGGUUAUUCACGCGCAUACCGAUCCCGUCACGGCUGCCGAUUUCAACCGCGACGGGUCGCUGAUUGUGUCUAGCAGUCAUGAUGGGUCGUGCAAGAUAUGGGACGCGUCCAAUGGGAAUUGCCUCAAGACGCUCAUUGAUGACAAGACGCCUGCCGUUUCUUUUGUUAAGUUUUCGCCCAAUGGCAAGUUUAUUCUGGCUGCUACCCUCGAUGACACCCUGAAGCUUUGGAACUAUUCAACAGGGAAGUUUUUGAAAACAUACAGUGGCCAUGUCAACAGAGUGUACUGUAUGUCUUCAACAUUUUCUGUGACAAAUGGAAAAUACAUUGUUAGUGGCUCAGAAGAUCAUUGUGUAUACCUGUGGGACCUUCAGGGUAAGAAUAUGGUUCAGAAGUUGGAAGGUCAUAAAGACACUGUUAUCUCAGUAUCUUGUAAUCGAAAUGAAAAUAAAAUUGCUUCCGGUUCACUGGAGAAGGACAAAACUGUAAAGCUUUGGGUUCAAGAUUCAAACUGAAGCUGUGUAAAACAUAAAUCUUGGAAAUAGAUGGAGAUCAGGUCCAUAGAGGAAAUUAUAUGCGUUGCCAAUGGUAGUUUCAGAGGCUUGAUGUUGUUUUUUCUGUCGCAUCUGGCAAAGGCAAUUUAGUUCAAUAGGUACACAGCAUUAUUGAUUGUCAUCUGUACCACUAGUCAAACAAAUCAGAUUAAAGUCACAUCUUGUGGCGUAAUUGUCAGAAUUUCUGUUAAGACAGCAAAGGCCUCAUGCUACAAUCGGCAAAAAAUGUUAAAGUUCAGAUUCUUUAAAUGUUUCAAGCCUUACUAUAAGUUCUGGUUUUAGGUCACAGGAGGAAAUUAUAUGUGUUACCAAUGGUAGUGUCAGAGGCUUGAUGUUGUUUUUUCUGUUGCAUCUGGCAAGGGCAAUGUAAUUCAAUAGCUAAGCAGCAUUCUUGAUUUUCAUCUAUACCACCAGUCAGACAAAUCAGACUAAAAUCACAUCUUGUGGUGUAAUUGUCAGAAUUUCGGUUAAGGCGGCGAGGCAUUAUGCUACGAUCGGCAAAAAAAGUCAAGGUUCAGAUUCUUUACCAGCCUUACUAUAAGUUCUGGUUUGAGGUCACAGGCUAUCAUUUUCCUACCUAUCUUAUCUCUUAUGCUGUAUGGAGUUUUUGCCAACACAGUGUGUUCUCACAAAUACAAUUACUGUAAAUGAUUUUAUAGCCUUUAUCUAACUUAUUAGGUAUUUCGAUGAUCAA